AUUCAUCUUAAACUUUACUCUUACUUAAAUGCAAUCUAUGUUUGGAGUCUUUGGAUCCUUUCAAUCUCUGUCUCUUCAUUUUUAUCUAUGUGUUUAAGGCCAACAUCUUUGUGUCUCUUCAAUUUUAUCUAAUUUCAUUCUACAAGCAUCUUCUCUCUUCACCUAUCAUUAUUUAUCUAAUUGAAGGGAAUAGAUCCAUUUAGAUUUCAAUAUACGCAUGUGUAAACUGUCGAACAAAAGUUGCUUCAACCAUGUUUCACGCCACAAACAACGUUGUUGUUGGAAAUUUCCUCUUUUAACCUUAUUCACUAACACAACAACACUUUAACUCUUUUUCGUUUCUUGUCUUCUCUCGCUGACUGGUUGGUUAUAUCAUAUCUAUCUACCAUGUUUUUUCUGUAACCGUCAAUCUCUCACGUGCCUGAAACUCUGAAACCACACAGACACAAACACACUCACAUCUGUUACUGUUACUACUCUCUCUGUCAUGUAACUAUGUCGAAUAAUCAUAAUCAUAAUCAUCUUCCUAAUGGAGAAUCCGAACCCCUCAUUCGUCAACCCUUGUUAUCUUCUCAAAGAUCCAUUAUCAACUCUACUUCUCAAGUUGCCAUCGUUGGGGCCAAUGUCUGCCCUAUUGAAAGCCUUGAUUACGAGAUUUUUGAAAACGAAUUCUUCAAACAGGAUUGGAGGAGUAGAGGGGUUGUUCAGAUUUUUCAGUACAUAUGUAUGAAGUGGCUGCUGUGUUUAAUGAUUGGUAUUAUUGUUGGUUUUAUUGGGUUUUGCAACAAUCUUGCUGUUGAAAAUCUUGCUGGGAUCAAGUUUGUUAUCACAUCAAAUAUGAUGUUGGAAAGGAGGUUUCCGUUGGCCUUUGUUAUAUUUUUUGCUUCAAAUUUGAUUCUCACUCUUUUUGCAUGUAUAAUUACGGCUUUUAUAGCGCCUACUGCCGCCGGUUCAGGUAUAUCAGAGGUGAAGGCUUACUUAAAUGGUGUUGAUGCACCUGGAAUCUUUACUGUACCAACUCUGUUUGUUAAGAUUAUUGGAAGCAUUACGGCAGUUUCAUCAUCUCUUCUUGUUGGGAAAGCAGGGCCUAUGGUGCAUACAGGCGCAUGUGUGGCAUCAUUGUUGGGUCAGGGAGGUUCCAAAAGGUAUGGAAUAACAUGGAGAUGGUUACGGUUUUUUAAGAACGACCGUGAUCGACGUGAUCUCAUAGUAUGUGGAUCAGCAGCUGGGAUUGCUGCUGCUUUCCGUGCUCCUGUUGGCGGCGUCUUGUUUGCUCUUGAAGAGAUGGCAUCUUGGUGGAGAACUGCCCUUCUAUGGAGAGCUUUCUUUACAACAGCAACAGUUGCAAUUUUCCUUCGAGCUAUGAUUGAUGUAUGUCUAAGUGGAAAAUGCGGGCUAUUCGGUAAAGGGGGACUGAUAAUGUUUGAUGCUUAUUCGUCUAGUAUUUCGUACCAUCUGGCAGAUGUUCCUCUUGUGUUUAUUCUUGCUGUUAUAGGAGGGUUACUCGGAAGCCUAUUUAAUUUUAUGACGAAUAAAGUUCUUCGCAUGUACAAUGUUAUUAACGAGAAAGGCAUCAUUUGCAAACUUUUGCUUGCUAGUUUAAUCUCCAUCUUUACAUCUUGUAUUCUUUUUGGAUUGCCGUUCUUUGCAUCUUGCCGACCUUGUCCUGCCGAUGCAGUUGAGCCUUGUCCAACAAUAGGUCGAUCCGGUAUCUACAAGAAAUUCCAAUGUCCUCCCCAUCACUAUAAUGGCCUUGCCAGCCUCGUUUUUAACACAAAUGACGAUGCUAUCAAAAACCUAUUUAGCAUGAAAACUGACAAUGAGUUUGAGUUAUCAUCGAUGUUAAUAUUUUUCAUCAUAUGUCUCUUUUUAAGUAUCAUAAGCUGUGGAAUUGUUGCCCCGGUUGGUAUGUUCGUGCCAAUUAUCGUGACUGGUGCAUCGUAUGGACGCAUGGUUGGAAUAUUGGUUGGAAAACGGACCAAUCUUUGCGACGGCCUUUACGCUGUACUGGGUGCCGCUUCUCUUCUUGGUGGAUCUAUGAGGACGACGGUUUCUCUGUGCGUAAUUAUGCUAGAACUGACGAAUAACUUGUUAUUGCUACCCUUAAUAAUGAUGGUGCUUUUGGUGUCUAAGAGUGUAGCAAAUGUUUUCAAUGCAAAUGUAUAUGACCUUAUAAUGAAAGCCAAAGGUUUGCCUUAUUUAGAAACUCAUGCCGAACCGUAUAUGAGGCAGUUAACAGUAGGCGAUGUAGUCACAGGCCCGCUUCAGGUAUUUAACGGUAUCGAGAAGGUUCGCAAUAUAAUGUUCAUCCUUAGAACAACAACACACAACGGAUUUCCUGUCAUUGACGAGCCUCCACGUUUGGAAGCUCCGGUUUUAUUUGGCAUAAUCCUUCGCGACCAUCUUAUCACAUUGUUGAAGAAGAAAGCCUUCUUGCCUACACCUGCGGCGAAUAAUUACGAAGUAUUGAGACAGUUUUCAUCAGAUGAUUUUGCAAAGAAGGGUUCGACCAAACGCAUGAAGAUCGAGGAUAUACACUUAACUGAGGAAGAGAUGGGCAUGUACAUUGAUCUACAUCCAUUUACCAAUGCUUCGCCUUACACUGUUGUCGAAACAAUGUCAUUGGCAAAGGCGCUUAUACUUUUUCGAGAAGUCGGUUUAAGACACUUGCUUGUUAUACCCAAGAUCCCCGGUCGAUCGCCAGUGGUAGGUAUACUGACGCGGCAUGAUUUCACGCCAGAACAUAUAUUGGGAAUGCAUCCUUUUCUGGUAAGAAGCAGAUGGAAAAGAUUAAGAUUUUGGCAAACUUUUCUAGAAAAAAUUCUUUCUGGCCUGUAAGCAAGGCCAUUAAGCUUAGUUAAGCUUUACACAUUCAUGAGAUGAGACCAACCAGUGAUUUGAUUGAAUCCAUUAUCUAUAGGUUCUGAGUUAUUAUUAUA